AUGGCGAAGGACGAACUGCCAUCCUCCUCCAGCGCUGGGAAGGGAAAGAAGGCAGAGGACAUGAAGGAAAUAAAUGGAGGGAAAAAUGAAAGCAAGGACGGGAAGCCUGUUGUAAACGGCAAAAAGGAGGAAGAACCUCAAGAAGAGGAACUUAGUGAGGAAGACCAGCAGCUUAAAAAUGAACUUGAGAUGCUUGUGGAGAGAGUGCAGGAAUCCGACACAUCCCUUUACAAACCGGCUCUGGAGGCAAUCAAAACUUUCAUCAAAACUUCUACUUCUUCCAUGACUGCAGUACCGAAACCGCUUAAGUUCCUCAGACCGCACUAUGAUGACCUUACCAAGGUGUACGAUGAAUGGGCGCCCGGCGAUGACAAGGACUCCCUUGCAGAUAUUCUCUCGGUGCUAGGGAUGACAUAUGGAGUUGAGGAUAAACUAGAAACGCUUAAAUACCGCCUACUCGCGAAAUCGGACGACCUCGGGUCCUGGGGUCAUGAAUAUAUUCGCCACCUUGCUCUGGAAAUAGGCCAGGAAUACCAAAACCGGUUGACGGAUGAUAAAGAUGUACAGGACCUUGUGGAUCUUUCCUUAUCCCUCGUACCUUACUUCCUCAGCCAUAACGCGGAAGCCGACGCAGUCGACUUGCUCAGUGAGCUAGAGAUGAUCGAGGAAUUGCCUCGAUUCGUUGAUGAGAACACAUAUCCACGAGUCUGCCUCUACAUGAAACAACGGACAGCGUUAAAAUACCCAAUGGCAUUUUUGCUGGCUCGUCAGCGGAUAUGGCUUGAGCUUGACGAUGAUGAUAUGCAACUGGCGGACUGCCUCGACAAUAUCGCAUUGCCAACUCACUUCAAAUCCCUAGCAAAAGAGCUGAAUAUCCUUGAGCCAAAAAUGCCUGAGGAUAUCUACAAAACUCAUCUCGAAAACAACAGAGGAAGUCUCACUAAUGUUGACUCGGCACGACACAAUCUUGCCAGCGCCUUCGUCAAUGCUUUCACCAACGCUGGUUUUGGAAACGAUAAGAUGAUGCUUGUUGAUGGAGACAAAGGGCCCUGGGUUUGGAAAACAAAGGACGACGGAAUGCUGUCGACCGCGGCCUCAUUGGGUAUGCUUCUUCAAUGGGAUGUGGAGGAAGGCUUGAACCAAAUAGACAGGUUCACUUAUGCGGAAGAAGACCAAAUCAGAGCGGGAGCACUUCUCGGAAUUGGUAUUCUAAACGCAGGUGUGAGAGUGGACUCAGAUCCCGCUCUGGCGCUUCUCGGUGACUAUGAAAAUCUUGAAAACAAGAGCACCCCAAUGAGAGUAGCGUCGAUCAUGGGUCUCGGCCUGGCAUACGCCGGAUCUUGCAAAGAGGAACUGCUCGAGCUGCUACUCCCGAUUGUCGAGGAUGUAACUGUUGACAUGCAAAUUUCCGCCAUGGCUGCCGUUUCGCUUGGGAUGAUCUUCGUGGGUUCGUCCAACCACCAGGUCAGUGAGUCUAUCGCUACCACUUUGAUGGAUGAGGAGAGACAAAAACACCUCAAGGAUAAAUGGACCCGUUUCAUGGCACUUGGACUCGCGCUCCUCUACUUUGGAAGACAAGAGGAGGUUGAGGUCAUAUUGGAUAUCCUUAAGGUGAUUGAGCACCCAAUGGCAAAGCCAACUUCCGUCCUUGCGUCAGUUUGCGCGUGGGCCGGAACCGGCACCGUCUUGAAACUGCAAGAGCUUCUCCAUAUCUGUAAUGAAGUCUUUGAAGACAAGGAGGAAAACAAGGGUGAAGAGCUUGUGCAAUCAUAUGCUGUCUUGGGACUGUCUUUAAUUGCUAUGGGUGAGGAGAUCGGCCAGGAUAUGGUUCUGCGACAGUUUGGCCAUCUGAUGCACUAUGGCGCAGCGAAUAUUCGAAAGGCUGUCCCUCUUGCCAUGGGGUUGAUCAGCCCGAGCAACCCCCAGAUGAAGGUGUACGAUACACUUUCCAGGUACAGCCACGAUAAUGAUAAUGACGUCGCCAUCAAUGCUAUCUUCGCUAUGGGAUUGCUGGGCGCAGGUACCAACAAUGCUCGACUGGCACAACUCCUUCGCCAACUCGCAAGCUACUACCAGCGUGAUCAAAACUCGCUGUUUAUGGUCCGUAUCGCCCAGGGACUCCUCCACAUGGGCAAGGGAAGCAUGUCUGUGAACCCAUUCCACACCGAUCGUCAAGUCCUCUCGAGAGUCGCAGCGGCCGGCCUCUUGACUGUGCUUGUAGCGAUGAUCGACGCAAAGGAUUUCAUCCUUGCUGACUCCCAUUACCUCCUCUACUACCUUGUUACCGCCAUGAACCCACGAUUCCUUGUCACUCUGGACGAGGACCUUAAACCACUCACAGUCAACGUCCGUGUCGGUCAGGCCGUCGAUGUCGUUGGCCAGGCCGGAAGACCCAAAACCAUCACCGGCUGGCAAACACAAAGCACCCCGGUGCUAUUAUCGUACGGAGAGCGAGCAGAGCUGGAAGACGAGGAGUACAUAUGUCUAAGCAGUACUCUCGAGGGGCUCGUAAUCCUGCGAAAGAACCCCGAAUGGGAGGAGAGCUCGACAUGA